AAUACCCCAGCAGGAGCGUUUUGGAACUCCCUCUUUUCUCAUGAAAUUCUCCGCCCUAAUUAAAUUUCUCCUUUUACUUCACAACUAAGAGAAAGGGGUCGAUAUACACACAGCUAGCUUCUACGUACUAAGUUCUCAAAUAUAUCAAUCAUAUGAUGGAGAACAGCAAAGAGGAGAAUGGGGCGUGGAUGUCGGUGCCGGCGUUCGGGGAGUGGGACAUGAAGAACGGGCCGCCGGACUACUCGAUGGACUUCUCGAAGAUUCGGGAGAUGCGGAAGCAGAACAAGAAGGAGCUCUCCCGCUCCAGCAUCGGCAACGACGACGACCUCCUCUCCCGCCAAAACCAGCCCCACCCGCCUCCGCCCCUCCAGCCAACCCACGCCCGCCACGUCGACGCCGCCGCCCACGACCACGACCACGACCACUCCCCCACGGGGAGAAAGAAGUUUAUGAGUUACUUCCAAUGUUGUAUAAGAGCUUGAAGCAUAGUUUCCAUGAAAAGAAAAAAAAAAGGAAAAAAAAACCAUGAUGAGAUUAGUUUUGGGCUCCUUUAUUUGUGUUCUAAAACGGUUUAUUAAUGGCUCGAAUGUUUUAUGUAUAUUGGGAUUUUUCUUCAUAAUCUAAUUUACGAGAGCAUUUUGUUUAUUA